GCUCCCCUCUCGAAACUGAAUAUCCCAGAAUAAAGUAUACUAUAAACAUCAACCUUCUUUCUAGACUUUUGGGGGCAAAAUAUGAGUGCAACAACACAAAGUCACAAAUCAACGAUGCCAGAAGUUGUGCUGCGACCAUAGCAACAGGGGACACAAAUUCUGGCAGGGGAGUGACGUCAUCAUUUUCAGCUCCUCCUCUAAACGAAGCUAACAUUCGAGGAAACUCUUCCUCUACCCGACUGUCGCCUAAAUACAGAACGUCACGCCACCAAUGAAAGCAGCAGCAGGGAGUGGACGGAUGGGAACAGCAGCUGCUGCGGCUGCUCCUUGGAAGACACGUCAAGGUCCAGCCAAAGCACAGGAAACAGGAAGUCUGAACAGAUGCGGGGGGGACAUUGGCCAGUAGAGUUGUGACGUUCGCGAAUGAACGGACUCUUCUGAACGCUUCAUUAACAUGAACGACGGGAACCGAGUCAUGAUUGGCUGUGAGCCGUUCCUUCCUUCGUUCUUUUUUUCCCUCUCUUGUUCAGAGUUUUGGUUUACGCAGAUGCCCCAAAAAAGCUCCUCCUUAUAUGCUACAUGAGCUGUGCAUGCUCAAUUCACGGGAGGAAAAGAAAAGAAACAAAAGGGAGUGUCGGCAGAGAGCGGCGUGCGUUCAAGCGCAGCAGGAGGAGGGGGAAGGGCCAUCUGUCAUCGUGCAAAAUGAGCCACAGAAAGAGGAGCAGCAUUUGGAUGCACUUUUCGCUUGAGGCAGACAGUAAGUCUAAGUGCAAUAUUUGCCAUAAAAUAAUCUCAUAUAAGUCAGGCUCCACAAACAAUUUACACAGGCAUUUAAAAACUCAACACUCCAUUGUUAAAAUCACAGAGGUGAAGAGAGAGCAUUAUUCUGACGAUGAAGUGGAGAGUGCCUGUACGUUUGCCUCCGCCUCAGGCAGACGCUGUCCGAAUGCCGCAGUCACAGAAACCACAGCGUCUGUCUCCACCUCAGGCAGACUCAAUACUAACGCUGCAGUCCCAGAAACCACAGCGUCUGUCUCCACAUCAGGGAGGUGCUAUAGUAAUGCUGCAGUCCCUGAAACCACAGCUACACCAUCAGCCCCUGUUACAACUGGGCCCUCACCAACACAUGAACAAACCUGCCUUUGUCGGGACUUCUCCCUUCCUGCACUGACCCCAUUGAAACAGGGGGAGAUAGACGAAGAGCUGGCAAAGAUGAUAGUUAGUGAUUUCCAACCAUUUAAAAUUGUGGAAGACAGAGGCUUUGAAAACUUCUGCUACGCUCUCAACCCCUCCUACGUUCUUCCAUGUUGGGGGGCACUGACCCAGAAAGUGUCUCACAUGUAUGAGACAGAAGUAGCAUCACUGAAGACAAGACUGUCCAGAGUGUCAGCAGUUUGCUUCACAACAGACUGUUGGACGUCACAGGCUGCAACGUCAUUCGUGUCUGUAACGUGUCACUUUGUUGAAGACUUUCGUAUGUCCUCCUGCCUCCUGGACUGCUUUGAAUUUAAUGAGCAGCACACAGGUAACUUGGCAAAGAAGCUCCUCGGUGUUGCAGCAGAGUGGGAGGUCGACAAGAAAGUGGUGUGCUGCAUAACAGACAACACCCCGAACAUCACAGAGGCCAUUCAGUUAACAGGAUGGACCCACCUCCCGUGCCUGGCACACACCAUCAAUCUUGUUGUAAGAAAUGCUCUUAAAGGUCCACAAUCCAUCAUUAAUAAAGUUAGAGAAGCAGUGGAAUACUUUCGUGGAAGCACAGAGGGAGCGCAACAACUGAAGGAAACACAGCUCCAAAUGAACAUGGACGUACUACGACCCAAACGAGACUGUGUCACAAGAUGGAACUCAACAUAUUACAUGUUGCAAAGUUUCCUCAUCAACAAAAACCCCAUUGUCUACACCCUGGCUGUUACCAAUGCACCUGUCCAGCCUUUAUCUCCAGAGGAAUGGGUUACAUUGCAGGAAAUAUGCACCCUCUUGAAGCCUUUUGAAGAGGUCACCGUUGAGCUCAUUGCAGAAAGCUACAUGACUGCCUCCAAAGUAAUACUGCUGGUCAGGGGGUUGCAGAGAGCCACGGCGGAUUUCCAGAGGAGGGCAACAACACAACCAGCACAAGACAUGGUCAACGCCCUUUCCUCUGGCAUGUCAGCUAGAUUCUACAGAAUCGAAUUCGACUACAUCCUUGCUGAUGCUGCUGCGCUGGACCCAAGAUUCAAAAGGAUGGCAUUCGUGGAUGGUGGCACUGCGGACGAGGCUUUUCAAAGAGUAUCAGCUGCAGCAGCAAGCCUAACAACUAGCACCAGCAAACCCAUCCAGCAACCGGUCCAGGAGGAAGAAGCAGGCAGUGGUGAUCCAGAAUCAAUUGUUUGGAGCUAUUUCCAUGAGGACGUAGCUGAAACAAUGGCAACUCGUAACCCCACGGCAGACGCUGUUAUGGAGGUGCGGGGCUACCUAGAGGAGCCUCUUCUUCCAAAAAAUGAAGAUCCUCUCAUAUGGUGGAAAAUUCGGGGCCCCGUGUACCCUAGGCUUAGCAAACUCGUGGCCAAGAAGCUUUGCAUUGUGGCCACAUCAGUUCCAGCCGAAAGAAUUUUCUCAAAAGUUGGAGAAAUAUUCACACAGAGGAGAAGUCGUCUGAAGCCGGCAAAAGUGAGAUCGCUCGUCUUCCUCAAUGAGAAUUUGCCGAAAGACAAGAAGUAAAGGCCGUGAGGCAUGGAGCAGCUUUAUCAUUUUGGGAAUAUUAUGUACUUUGGUUAAUAUUAUGUUAUUGUUCUGAGCUUUUUUGUUUUGUUAAAAAUGUUCUUCUGGGAAAAUGUUUCACUGAAGCUUUUGUAUGGAGCUUCAUUGUAAACUGCUUUAUUCUUUUUUUGUGUUUAGGUGUUGCAUUAAUAACAUAAGUCAAGGUAGUUUUUCACAUAUAAACACUCUUAAUACCAAGGGUCAAUAGUGAUCUCAGUAUUAACACCAAGGGACAUGGCAGUGAAACAUUUUAAAUGAAUCAGACUUUUACAUUCUUGACCACAAGUCAAAUCAAGCUACAAUUAAUAUUUUAGAAUAACUAAAAUUUGAUUUUUGGUGUGAAAUUUAAGUUCAAAAUUAUUAUAUAAUAUAAGAUCUUA